AAUUGAUACUACACUACUACUUCUGAGUUGUGAAGGGGCGUCCAGAGGGCCCUAAACUGAAAAAAGGCCCACGCGAAGAACUGAAGGCCUGAAGCAGUAAAUCAGUAAUGAACGACCUGCAUUAGUCUACCUUACAGGCUUACAGCUAGUCGAACUGUCGAAGCAGACAAGCAUACAAGUUGAGACUACUUGAGACCUGCUGCCACUCACGCCAAUCGGCAAGCUCGGUAUCGACCUAGUCGCCCCUGCAAUUCCUUAUUUCGCUUCGCUGACCGCAGUGCCCUGCUGCCCCGUGCGCCUGCGCCUGUGCAACUGUGCCUUCGCCCGCUCCCGAUUCCCUGUUCGCUGAGUCGCUGAUAUUCCGAUUAUCAGAAGGCUAUCCAUUUUGUGGUAUAACAUGGAUGCCACAAUGACUCACUUCCAAGAAAAAUUGAUCGAGCUAGAAAUUGAAGGAGAGAGUAUUUUAUUGGCACGACAAGAGUUAGUUGAGAAUGACAGGGAAAGAAACAGAAAUAGGGAAGCAUUGACGGCGUUAAGGAAGAGAGCCAAGACUUCAAAAAGCAGCAUAAGUCUACCUUUUGAGUCGAUUAUGCGGGGUAUCGAGUCAAGACCAUUGGUGAAGGAGAUUUGUUCAACUUGCGGCAAUCAUGAUGUGAAGGAAAGCAACUGGCUUAUGUUUCCAGGAACUGACGUGUUUGCUAGUAUUCCAUUUCAUGCUGUCCAUACGAUUCUGGAGCAAGAUCAAAAUAAACUAGAUUAUGAAGCUAAGAAACUCCAAAGCCAUGUGAAGGAGAAGUCUUUUUGUAUAUCAGAAAAAGGAGUUCUUGCUGACAAGAUCAGCCCUGGCGUUCUUAGAUCUUUGGUGACCUUGUCUGAUGAUCCAAAGAAAGCUGCCCCAACUGAAUGACUCCUUCAUUCGGACAACCCCGGUUUGCUGACAACUGCUUACUUCACUCUUCGCCACACCCUCCCCUGUUUUGUUGCGGUUAUUACUAUUAAAUCCUUCAAAUUAGUACUCUGGAAACUAGUAUAACAUCUGCAACAUGGCUCAAUAGUAUUGUAAUACUAUCGUAUAUGGUUGCACAGUUUGUAUCUAUGCAUUUUGAGGCAUUUAAAGUGUUAAUUAUCAU